AAGAUGGCAGCCUCCAUACUGCGGCGCUCGCUUCUAAUUCCGCGCUGCAGAGCUGGGGAUGUCGCCGCCCUGCACAGUGGACCGAGCCGGAGAAGGGCGCAGGCCCCAGAGCCCAUCGCUUCUGGCCGGAGAGCGGGGAACUGUCCUGCGGGAGAGCGCGGUGUUGCUCCAUGGGUAGCAGUGGUAGGUCUGGAAAUUCAUGCACAGAUCAGUUCCAACUCAAAGCUUUUCUCUGGCUCCCAAGUCCAGUUUGCAGCACCACCUAAUUCUUUGGUAUCUUUCUUUGAUGCUUCUCUACCAGGGACCUUACCAGCUCUCAACAGGAGAUGUGUAGAAGCAGCAGUGAUGACAGGCCUUGCACUGAACUGCAGCAUAAACAAGAAGUCCUUGUUUGACAGAAAACACUAUUUCUAUGCAGAUCUGCCUGCUGGCUAUCAAAUCACUCAGCAGAGACUUCCUGUUGCUGUGAAUGGGAGUCUUUCAUACAGCCUCUGUGUAGGGGGAAAAAAGAACCAGAUGGUAACCAGGACUGUGAGGAUCAAGCAGAUCCAGUUGGAACAAGACAGCGGAAAGAGUCUUCAUGAUGACAUAAGGAGCCAGACUCUCAUUGAUUUGAACAGGGCUGGUGUUGGCCUCAUGGAGGUUGUCAUGGAGCCUGAUAUGAGCUCUGGGGAAGAGGCAGCUGCAGCAGUCAGAGAGCUUCAGCUUAUUCUUCAAACACUUGGGAGCAGCCAGGCAAUCAUGGCAGAGGGUCAACUGAGAGUGGAUGCCAAUGUAUCUGUGCAUCACCCCGGAGAAGCUUACGGAGUAAGGACUGAAGUGAAGAAUAUCAAUAGUGCACGAUUCCUGGCAAGAGCAAUAGACUAUGAAAUACAGAGGCAAAUCAAGGAACUUGAAAAUGGAGGAACUGUUAUGAAUGAAACCAGAGCCUUUGAUUACAAACUUGGGUGUACCAUACCAAUGAGAGAUAAAGAAGGAAAACAGGAUUAUCGGUUCAUGCCAGAGCCAAACCUCCCUCCACUGAUUCUGUACGAUACUAAAUCGUUGCCCGCUAAUAUGAACCAUCAGCAAGUGGUGAAUAUUGAUUGGAUUCGGGAGAGGCUUCCUGAUCUCCCCAGUGUGAGAAGAGUGAAGCUUGUUGAACAGUAUGGGAUUCUGCCUGAACACAGUUUCACCUUAUUGAAUGAAGACGGAUUAAUGGAGUUCUUUGAAAAUGUAGUGAGACAGACACAGAUGAAUCCAAAGAAAGUGAUUGGCUGGAUUCUAAAUGAUAUGCUUGGUUAUUUAAAACAAUACAACCUUAAAGUCAAGGAAAGUCCAGUCAGUUCUCUCUUCCUGGCUGACCUUCUAAAUCUUCUAGAGAGAGGAACAAUUUCUUCUUCAGCAGCCAACCAAGUGCUUGAGGAAUUGUGGAAGGGGGAGGGGAAGACCCCACUUCAAAUUGUUAAAGAAAAGAAACUUGGACUUAUCCAGGAUCAGCAAGAGCUUGAACAGAUCUGUCAGGCAGUGAUGGAAGGACAUCAGGAAGAGGUUAUGGAGAUAAAGAAGGGAAACCAAAAAGUUCUGAAUAAACUGAUUGGACUGGUUCAAAGAACAACAAGAGGGCGAGCAGAUCCUGUGCUGGUGAAACAAAUAUUAGAGAAGAGGCUGUCACAGUAACUUUCAGAGCAACUUGCACAGGUCCCUACAGAGGGAAUGACUAGACAUUCCCUGGACUUUGUACAAUUCAAUUCCAGCCUGAGCUAGAAAAAGAUACUGUGUAGUCUCAGCAUGGAACAGAAUUACUAUUCCCUUUUGGUGGUUAUUCAGGUAGUAUCUUGUUAUACAGUCUUCCUUGAAUACUUCACCCUCUGUCAGGACAAAAGAAAAGAUAUUCAGUGCAAAUGAAUAGCAGAAGCUAGUAUUGAGUGCUGUUCACUUUUCCUGUAGCUGGUUUUGCACACAUGAGAAAGGUAAGUGAUUCAAUAUGUUACUGUUUGUCUGAAUACUCUAGAACUUGUAUCAGAUGUAUGUUGUGAUUCACUAUUGCCAGGUAGCAAUGUUUUUCUGAAGGAAUAGAAAUUUACGCAUUUUAGAGUGAAAUGUAAUGAUGUGAACAGGUCACACCACCUACUCGCUCUGCCAAACACCCAGUGGCAGCUCAGCCACUGCUGGCCACUCCCCCCACCUGUUAGGAGGGGGAAGUAGUUCCUCAGUGCUCAGAGUAACAGCCGUGUUAGUCUGUAUCCGCAAAAAGAAGAACAGGAGUACUGAAGAAGUGGGCUGUAGUCCAUGAAAGCUUAUGCUCUAAUAAAUUUGUUAGUCUCUAAGGUGCCACAAGUACUCCUGUUCUUCUUUUUCCUCAGUGCUAUCACUCCUCCCUUGCCUCUGCCAGAGGGAGGGAAAGGAGAAGAGACUGCCCAGCUGCCUUUCCUUCCUUCAAGCGAUGAUCUAUCCUAAACCCAAUCUCCCCCCAGUGGCUAAAUAGGCCCCUAAAACUAACUAAGGCAGCUGAAGCCCAGGCAGUCCUGUGCAUUAUGGAAAAAUCCUGCUACUUCAAGAGCCUGUGGACUGUGGUUUCUGGAGUUCGGAAGCCUCUUUUGAUGCUGCUAAAUAAUCCCUUCUAAAAACCACAAUUAUCCUCAAGCUCAAAGAUACUUCUGAAGGGUGGAAUGCAUGCACAUACCAUACUAAGCUCUUAGGCACAGGUUUUUAAAGCUAUUUACAUGCUGCAGUGCUCAGUUUUGCAAUGCCUAACUGAUUUAGGCACUUAGCCUAAAUCCCAUUGACUGUCAAUGGGAUUUUGACUCCGAUGCCUAAAUCCUUUUUGAAAAUGAGAUUUGGGCUCUUAAAUACCUUUAAAAAUCCGGGCUUAAUUCAGCGAGGAUGUAGCCCAGGCCUCUUCUGUGGAAUCUAGCUAUCCUCUUCAAGUUAUGGAAUUGCUAGUUCAGCCCUGCUCCCUGGUACUUCAUUCUUUGAUUAUCAGUGCUACUGUCUGACAGGGAAACAUCUGAACAAACAAGCUCACAGUGUAAGCAGAAAAGAGGCAAAAUGCAGGAGUUUUCAAAUAUAUUUAUUGAAUAAAAUGUGUACCCAUUGUUCACAUAAAAAUAAGUUAGUUAAAAGGUUGUGCAGCCGACAAAAAGCAUUAACGUUAGGUUGCCUGUUUUGUCUGAAAACGAUAAGAUUUAUUCUGAAUUUUGCAAUGAAAGACGUUGACCUUUUAAAAAAAUGUGCAUUUAAACUGACAUUCAAACAAAGGCUUUACUAUCAUUUUGUCACAUCUGAGCAAAACCACCAUUUUAUCUUUUACUUAGUGGCACCUGUUUUGUUCCAUGACUUUGUUCAGAGUGCUAAAUUUCAAUCAAUUUUACAAAACACAUCCAGAUAAUAAAUGGUUAUGACACAAACCUCAAUAUACACUGAACUUUGAAUUUGUUAGAUUAAUGCUCUGCCCUUAACUCCUGCCAUUGUGGGAGGAAACAAAAGGCACAAGACUGAAUUAUGGACUGAGCAUCUGCAUAAAGUUUGAAUUUUAUGGAUCCAUGUGUUUUAAGCCUAUUCUUUACCUUUACAAACAAACAAACAAACCCUGCCUUUUCCAGAAGGCUUUUUCCUCUUGUAUUAAUGCUUUUUGUUGGGCAGCUUUGGAGUGGGAUGUGUGUUACACUUACCUCCUUACCUGAGAGAGAGAGAGAGAAGUAACUGCUCUAUACUUAAAAUAGAAGGAUCUCAGAUACCAUAGCAAGACUACUGUUGGUAAGUAUCUUUAAUGGUUACCUGUUUUCAAAGCCAUUUUGUUCUAGGCAAUUACAUAAUAGGGUAGAAAAUGGACAAGUUCUAUGAAUAUACAACAUUAGAUCUUCAAGUUUAAAAUAGCAAUUACUGUAACUCUCAACCUGCUUUCAACGUUACCAGCCACACAUACAAUUGAGACCAAGGAAGGCAGCACAUACAAUUAUCCACUUCUAGUUUAACAACUUCUAGUUUAACUCUUCCCUUGUAUUAGAAGCAGACAGAAGGACACAGGUUAAAAAUCUUCAACCAUAUUAUGACGAAGUAAAUAUUCACCCACGAAAGCUUAUGCUCCAAUACGUAUGUUAGUCUAUAAGGUGCUACAGGACUCUGUCGCUUUUUACAAAUUUAGACUAAGAUGGCUACCCCUCUGAUACUUGAAAUCAUAUUAUGGACUCCUCACUUGCUGAAUUUUUAAACCAACAUUUUUCAUAGGAACAAAAGCUAUUUUCAGGAUGUUUCUUGACUGACAAUCAAAAAGGCUAAGCUUUUUGAAUCAGAUCUUAAUGUGUAUGAAGUCCUUUGCACAUGCAUUAAGAUGCUGGCUAUCAUGUCUAAAGCAGUGUUAGCCGGGAUGGAGGGAAGCUUAAGCUUCAACAUGGCUGGCUACCAUGGCUGGAGGAUUCUCUGCUACUUGAAGUCUCUAAACCACAGGAUUUGGGGACUUCAUCAGCAGAGUCAAGGGAAAGGGGUUGGGACGGCUUUGUGGCCUGCAUCAUGCGGGAGGUCAGACUAGAUGAUCAUAAUGGUCCCUUCUGACCUUAGACUCAGACUUUGUUAUCCUGUUUGAGUGUUAAGUGCUUUUUGUUCACUUUCAGCUAACUUGAUUGAGCUAUCCUGCCUACACCCCAGCCUUUGUGCCCCUCUGAGCAGAACAUAAAACAUCCAGUUAAAAAUGGCCAGAAUGAUUCUCCUGGUCCCUACCAAAAAGCUCAGGGCGAAGUCUAAACUCCCCAAAAAUUUGUUCCCUCCAGAGAGACAACUCCGCUACAUGCUCAAGGAGUUAAACAACUAUCGGACAAAUACGAAACAUAGGAUGGGUGUUGUGGGGUGACGGUGCAGACUGUGCAGUGAGACUAUGGAGUGAGCAAUGUAGGGGGGCUGUCACAAGGCUUGUACAAAGGACACAAAAUAGGUCUUCCUUGAAUUAAGGCUCAAGUUCUGCCCUUAACUCAGGUGUCAGUUCGCUACUGAAGCCCUCAACUGAGCUGAUGUGCUCCAACUGUUAGGCAGGGUGAGUUACAGACAGUUUCAUCCAGAUCCUCAGUGUUAAUUUAGUACACAGCCUGUGAGAGAAUUUCCUUUGGCCCUUCAGCUUUCAGAGAGAAAUUUCACCAAUGUAUAAAAGUUGACGCCAUACACAGUCAUUACAAUCUCAUCCAAAUGGACAGAGAGGUAGUUAAACAUGUGGGCUCUUACCAGAUAGAAUGUAAAAGCUUUUGGCAGGGGGCAUUGAUUAUACGUGUGUAGCAGCAGUUAUCCUGCAUUUGGGGUUUGGAGGGAGAAACUGACAAAAUAUUAUUUUCUGGCAUUGUGGGAGUAAUGAGGAAAGACAACCUUUAGCUAUCAGCCCUGGCUGCAAAAUUUCACAGCAGAGUUUAAGUUGAUCCAUGUUAUAGAGGUGUCUGGUGGAAACUUUCAUUACAGGUUAGGCAUUCUACUUGUGAAGGUUAAUGUAAUUUGAACCCUUUCCCAGGACAUUAAGUAGUUGCUGUGAUAUUCUUGUGUAAUAAUCUUAUUUCUGUGCUGAGCAGCCCUUUGUAAUAUACAGACUUCCACAGUCACUAAGUGCA